AUGAGCAGCCCCAAAACUGACCCCCCUGAGGGGUCUAAAACCAAUGUGAUUUCCAAGGGAGUCAAUACAGACCUAAGAGGGUUUAUUCACUGCCAUUUACCAAAAUUUUCAUGCAAACAUGGGAUGAUUCCAAAACUGUACGUGAUGCCUUGGAAACAAGAUAUGAAGUACCGAACAUUACAUUUGCAGCAUGCUGACCAGAUCGAACUGUAUAGUGGUGCCCUUGAAGAUACCCUGUUUCUGGACAAAAGUGAGAGGCAUUGCCAUGGGGAAGACCGGAAGAAACUUCUGCAGAAAGUUCCAUAUCAAGCAACUGUUGUGGAUAUUCCAAUUUAUUCUCACCUGUCAAGAUACCACAAGUCCAUGGUAGCUUAUGGCUUCAGAAUCAAAAUCUGA